UAGCGACGCUAAUGUAUUCAGUUUGUACCAUACAGAACAUAGGAGCACCGGCUAAGGUUCUGAAUUGCUGAAACCGUUUUAUUUGACUUCAAAGGAAGAACGAAUAAGACACCGAAAGAAAUGUCUUACGAACAAAACCAGAACGCAAGCGGGGAAGUCUCGGGAGAAGACAACCUUGACACAAAUUACGAUUUUUUGAUCAAGUUUUUGCUCUUGGGCGACUCUGGUGUUGGAAAGACAUGUUUCCUACAUCGGUAUACCGACAAAGAGUUUAAACAGAAAUUUAUCGCCACAGUUGGCGUUGACUUUCGAUUAAAAAAGCUGGUAUACGAGUUUCCAGAGGAAGACGACGAAGACUCAAAAAAGAAGAUUCACCUUCAGUUAUGGGACACUGCAGGCCAGGAAAGAUACCGAAGUUUGACGAAAGCUUUCUUCCGUGAUGGGAUGGGAUUCCUUCUUCUGUUCGACCUUGCCAGUGAAAACAGUUUUCGUUCAGUGCGACAAUGGCUGGACGAGAUAAAGGAGCAAGCUUACAGUGACGAACCUGACAUCGUGUUGGUUGGAAACAAGAAUGAUCUGGAUAGCCGGGAAGUAACGACAGCGGAAGCAAAGAAACUUGCAGAUGAACUAAAGAUCGCGUACGUUGAAACAAGCGCAGCCACCGGUGAGAACGUAGAGUAUGCUGUGAACCAUCUUCUUGAUCUUGUAAUGAAGAGGAUGCGGGAUUAUGUCUCCCAUAUGGAGCAGGAAGAGGGAUCAGCGUCCGUAUCACAACAGCAGCCAUCUCAGAGGCUCUCCCCCGAAGCAAAGGAAAAGUCAUCAUGCCCGUGUUGAUGCUUAAGUUUCGUAGUUUUUUUAUUUUACUUGUGCAAUAUAUUGUCUGACUAUAUAGAAAGGUGUUCCUUAUACCUACUCGAAGCUGCACCGAUUUUUAGGGGGUAUUGGGACUUAAAAUACUUGCUUUUCCCUUUCGGCUAAAAUCAAUUGUUUUACACUUUUUAAACUUAAAUAGUUGCCUCACUUGUGGUGCAUCUGUUUAUAUCACAAUUAGCCAGGUUUUACAAGUUUUACAUGAUAGCAUAUGGGCUGAUUCUUAAAACAAAUUACCAAAUACGGCUUUCCUUUUAACGAAGAACUAUAGUAAACCGUUUUGAAGCAUUGCGUCUCUUAUAUAAUUACCGUUAUACGCUUUUGUCCACAAUUUGUUAUGUGGUAAUAUGCAUUAGUGUGUAUGUUGGCAAAAGCAAUAUUUUAAGCGCAUGGCCAGUUACUAAGUUUCUUAACUAAUAUUCCCAAUAUUGCUUAUAGCUCCGUAUGUAUAGUAAAGUCGGGGAAGAUGGGACACCUUUUUAUUCUAUUUCUCCCAUUUGGUAACAAAAAUACGCUUAAAUGAAUUAUGGAUCAGUAUCCACACGACUACUGUAGACCGUUGUUAAUUAUUUUAAACAAAAUCAGGAUAUUUGUAUAUUAUGUGCUAAAGAUGUCCCAUAUCACCCCGCAGUACUAUAGGUCUACAUAAUGCUAAAUUAGUAGUUGUUUGUUUUGGAUAUCGAUCGUUGCCAUAUUACGACGCUAUCUCAACCAACGUAAAAGUGAUUUAAUCUGUACCUGUUAUUGUUGCUAUUACUAUUACUGGAUAUAAGUCCUAUAUGAUAUUUAAUAAAUAUGUCCAACUACGGAGA